AUGCACUCACGGCCUCCGUUGUGGUUCCUGCGAUUCCGUUCUUUAUUCAGCAACUGGACAGGGUCUUUUAUCCGUUUUGCAUCCGCUUUUAAACUCGCGGCCGCCGUUGUCCUGAGGGGUGAACAGCCCCCGCACGCCCGGGCGGCGGCAGCGGCAGGCGGACGCGCUCGCCCUUGGGCUCUGCGGGGCUGCGCCGGGAGCGGUGCCCGGGCGGGCUGGGCGCGGGGCUGCGGGCGGCUCCCGGACCGCCCCGGUGCCCGCUCCGAGCGGCCGCUGCCGGGAGCUCCGCAGCACAGCGGGCGGCUCUCGGCCGGGGCUGGCCGCGGCAGCCUGGUUGGGCUCGCAGGGCUGAGCUGUGCCGCAGAGACGGCCGCGGGGAAGCAGCUCGGGGAGUUGGCUGCCAGGAGCAGCGAGCUGCAGCUGCGUGUUGUUUCCUUUCGCACCGGCUUCGGUGGGGGGCAGCUCCGGAAGAUAGAUGCUGUUGAACUGUUAGCAGAACAGUGGGAAAAUUGGCUGAUUCAGUGAAAACCUUUAAUUGCAGUGGCAAAAACAGCUUUGCUCUCUGCUUUCAAGACCACGGGCACUCAACCAGCACCUGCGUUUGGAAUGGGAGGACAGCAAACCUCAAGCUUUGGGCUGUCAAGCUUUCCUGUCAGCAGCAGCAGCACCAGUACCAGUGCCAGCAGUUUUUCCUUUAAAGCCAGUUCCAGCCUCAUCAGUUCAACAUCACCUGGGAGCAGCCCUGCUGCUGGGAGCUCUUCUGCUGCAGCAAAUCCUCCUGCAUUUGGGACAACAUCCUCUCCCAGGGCUCCCCAAUCCGCUGGCUUUGGCAGCGCGGCCGCUCCAUCCGCAGCCUCCUUCUCCUUCAAAGCAGCUGCCACAGCUGGUGGCUUUGGCACUUCUGGCUUUUCAGGCUUUGGCAGUGCUUCUGCUGUGAACUCUGCAAACACCACUGUGCUCCCAGCCUUUGGAGCCUUUAGUGCCCCUGUAGGCUCUUCUGCCUCCCCUUCCAGCAGUGCUGUAUUUGGACAGAGCACCAGUGCCUCUGGACAUGCUGCCACCUCAGCCUCUGCUGCAGCCACCAGCUCAGAGAAGUUAUUCACACCCAAGAGCGAGUUGUCAGCUGAAGAGUGGCAACAGUUUGAAGCAAAGGAGUUCACAAUUGGAAAGAUUCCUCUUAAGCCACCACCACUAGAACUUUUAAAUGCUUUUGAUCUUUUAAAUUGUUGAUUUUUAUUUCCUCUUUCAAUUCUCUUCUGCAGGAAUAAAUGCGAAUGUAUAAACUUUUGAACGUUAUUUUGGGAUGGACUUUCCACAUAUGGGAGAUGAACUGUUGAAACUAAAAUGGAACAUUUUCUUCUAUAUACUGUCCUGUGAAAUUCUGUGCAAAGACUGUAUCAAAAAUAUGGUGUCCAAAGAAAGAAUGUUUCAGUUAGGUAUUUAAAACCUAUUCUUGGAUCUUAUUAUCUCCAAAUGUAUACUCCAUGGGUUGUAGGACUGGCCACAAAAGCUUUUUUUCCCAUUGUCCUAACAAUUGGUAUUGUAACUUUAUUGGUGAGACCUUACUGAUAGUUAUUACUGAAUGUCUGCCUUUGCUUUAUAUCAAAAAUAUGUUGUUUUAUUUGCCAGCUUUACUGAAACUAGAUGAUCUGUGAGGGAUGCUUCCAUACUUUCCUCUAAAAUCCUCCAGCAUCCCAGUGUUUACAUCUUUAAGUUGACCCUUCCUGUCCACAAAUGGCAUGUGGAUUCAGGUCAAAAGGAGGGGCCAUUUCAGACCCCACAACCCCUGCAUGUCCUUUUGCCUUUUCUAGUAUCUUUCUCUUUUCAUCCACAUUAAAGAGGGUUUCAAUAUAGCCUGCAUAUCCCACCAAUUAGGGUUGUGAGUCAGCAUGAUAAUUUCCAAAAGCUGAUACGUUCCUUCAGGAUUCUCUCAUUAUCAACCAACAGAUCAUUUCCAAUUCAAAUAUCAAAAGUAGUAUAAGGACAUGUUCAGAAAAAAACGGCUGAUGCUCUGCCCCCACUGUUUGUCUUACCACUGGUGAGUAUGUCUCUGAGUCCAGCCCACAACAGGACAAAUCCUCACUUCCCAUAUGCUGUUUAUUUUGAUCUGUAUCCUCUUUAUCCAUCUCCACUCUGGUGUUAUAGGGGUGUGGAAUGAAGGGAACUAACAUUCACACAUAAAACCUCAUCCCCUUUUCCAACAUCCACUGAUAGAUAAUAUUAAUCUGCAAUGACACAUUUUCCCCAUACUCCAAUUUAUAAAGUGGCCACCAGUGAUGACAAUAUCUCUUCAUUUUAUCUUUAGUCACUGGAUCUCCCUAAACAUAUUCCAGUUCUUUGGGAUGCAUCCUCAACAGCUAUGGGAAGGACUUGUGGAUUGGCAUGUUCCCAUCAUUAAAUUUAAUAACAUUCAAGUUACCCAAUUCCUUUACCCUUAGGUUCAGACUUUCAGUAGUUACACAACUUCAGUCCCUCGGAUUGAUUACACUGAUAAACAACAAUUGCAAUUACAACUGAAUUCUAUUCCCCUUUUU